GAGUGGGAUGAAGAACUGAACAUACUGAAGGGGAAAAUAGAGGGGACGCUAAUCCUACAAAAUAUGGAGUCUUGCCCGAUGUACAUGUGUGUGUUUUACAAUACAUUGAUGUAGCCAGCCAAUAUUUUAUAUUUAUUUGAACAAUUUUUGUGUGUGACAUCCGCAAUGAUGAGGGUCGGGGUUUUGAGCAGGACCGCAGCGAUAGUUCUCUGUCUUUUGGGAUGCAAUGUGUGGAAAGCGGUAACCAAAACCCUGCAAGAUGACAACGCUCUAAAAGAGGUGACUCUGAAGGUUCACCUGAGUGAUGCCAGCACCCACCAGCCCCUGGGCGGAGCCACCAUCGAGCUCUUCGCAAACCACACCCCUGUAACCACAGAGACCUCUGCUGCCGACGGCAAUGCCUACCUGCGUUUUCCCUACCGUCUUGGAACCCUGUUGGUUGUCACAGCAACCAGACAGGGCUACGUGCCAAAUUCCGCCCCCUGGAGACCCACCAGACUGCCCGUGUUUUCCUCUCUCAGUCUGGAGCUGCUACCAGAGAGAGCUGCCACUCUGAUGGUGUAUGAAGACCUGAUACACAUUAACUCUGGAUCCCAAGGAUCGAGGGGUCAGUCCUGGGUUCAGUUCCAGCGUCGAGCCCUGAGCCUCCCUCCCAACUCGUCCUACAGCAACCUCACUGCCCUGCUGACUGUGGCCAACAACCCCAGCCACAUCCAGCACUUCCCAUACCUGCAGGGCCUGGGGGGCAACGGAACAGGAAGUGAGCGUAGGUUUGAGCUGACUCCAGUGGCGGCCAUCUCUGUCCACCUAUUGGCCAGCGAAGGGGUGGAGCUCCAGGUGAACGGCCCAAUCAGCAUCUCCGUCCCUCUACCUGCCAAUAGCGGCCUGAAGGAGAACCAACACAUCCCAGCCUGGAGGUUCGACCCCAGUCUAGACAGCAGAGCUCUAAACCCUGUCAAUCAGACAGCAGAGCUCUACACCCUGCCAAUCAGACAGCAGAGCUCUAAACCCUGUCAAUCAGACAGCAGAGCUCUACACCCUGCCAAUCAGACAGCAGAGCUCUACACCCUGCCAAUCAGACAGCAGAGCUCUACACCCUGCCAAUCAGACAGCAGAGCUCUACACCCUGCCAAUCAGACAGCAGAGCUCUACACCCUGCCAAUCAGACAGCAGAGCUCUAAACCCUGUCAAUCAGACAGCAGAGCUCUACACCCUGCCAAUCAGACAGCAGAGCUCUACACCCUGCCAAUCAGACAGCAGAGCUCUACACCCUGCCAAUCAGACAGCAGAGCUCUACACCCUGCCAAUCAGACAGCAGAGCUCUACACCCUGUCAAUCAGACAGCAGAGCUCUAAACCCUGUCAAUCAGACAGCAGAGCUCUACACCCUGCCAAUCAGACAGCAGAGCUCUAA